AUGUCCAAUGCUUCUAGCUUCAGCGACGGCUCUGAUGCCCCGCAGGCUGUAUUUCCAAGUCCUGAACUUAACACCCACAAGAUUCCCGUCAAUUACUCAGAGGGAAAGGAAGUCUCGAGUCUAGACAGAGGGGCAUAUGCCCGCAACCAACCAUACGGGCCUUCAUGUUAUAAUCACUAUAAAGCAGGCUACGGUGAUUGUUACGAUAAUUACGACCGUGAAUUACAACCUCGGCAUGUGGAGUUUCUAAGACCAACAGUCAGCAGAAGAAUAUGCGGACUUCGGCCGGCAUGGUUCUGGACGACCGCAGUAUUGGUCGUGCUGCUCCUCAUCGGUGCCACCGCCGGGGCAGUUGUGGGUGGGAUGAUGCGCCGCCAGAUCAAGACUUCCUCACCGUCCCCGUCAACAUCGUCGGCAGCAAAGGCCGAGCUACUGGGCUCUCAGCUCAGCGCGGUCAACUGGACAGACAGCACCGGGGCACAGCGCAGAGCCAUCUUCUACCAACGGAAUGGGACGCUUCACGUCAGCCAUAAUGCCGCUGGUGUCGACGGCAAGAGAGUAUGGGGGGAACUAGAUAUCGAGGCCCAGUUCCCCGCGGGUGCGGUGGGGGCCAUGAACGCGACACCGCUGGCAGCCAGUUUUAAGAGCGCCGACGCUGGCAAAGACAUGUCAUUCAGCGCUGCUCUUUAUUAUUUGGACACUGAGAACAACAUCCGCGACCUUGUGAGUACGGCGGAUGACUUAUCAACGUGGUCCAAGGGCCCACUUUGGGGCGUCACAGUCGCCGCGAAUCCAAUGUCAGGGCUGGCGGCGGCGGCGCACAUGUGCGCGAAAGGGUGCCUUGGGGACCGCAUCGUCGUCUUCCAGGGGACUGGUGGCGAUCUGUUCGCGGUAAAUGGCCCGAGGUGGACCGAACCCCCAACUCGGAUCGUUGCGGCGAACAUCGGCACGCCUCUCGCCCUGACGCAAGCAGCGUAUGUCAACGGCUCCAGCGACGAUCCGCCCGUCCAGUGGACUGCUGAGCAGACGCAGUUGCGCUUGUACUACCACCGUGCGCAGAACAUUGACGAGUACUUGUUCAAUGACAAGACACCGUUGGCAUGGACUCCAGGUUUCGUGGGAGUGGCAUCAGGUCUCGAAACGGAUGCAGCACGUGGGCUUGCAGCAUCGCCCUCGGGUCCCAACAGCGUCGUGCAGGUGGUGACACUGAAGAACUCCGGCAGCGCCGUGGUGAGCUUCGUGAAGGGCUCGACCGGCCACUUCGAGGAUAGCACCGUCGACCUGCCAGCGCGGUUCACUGAUGGCGGCGAUGUCAUUACCGGGGUACCGAGCCAAGGGGCAUCGGCUAUCACUCUGAGCCACAACUUCGGCUUCUAUGUGCUCACCGAGGACGGAAAGCAGAUCCUGGAGUGUAAGUCCGACUGUCCAUAUUAUAAUUACAUCCCCUCUUCUCACAAUAUCUGUCGUUUUCCCGCGUGA